AUGAAUUCCAUGACAAGGACAUUUGGAAAAUUCAUGCAUCGUAGCCCUGGCGAUAACGCCCGCGUGUCUGUUUUGCUCAAGGACUACGAGGACGUCGACAGGCUCCUAGCCAAGUUGGUCGAAGAGGCAAGAUCUCUCCGGGAUGCUUGGCAUGGAAUGGUCAUGACCCAAUUGGGGGCAGCAUCCGAAUAUGUCACUCUCUACGAUCCAAUUGUCGGGGCGUCAGACGGCCACGGUCGCCGCGCUGAGCCUACGCCAGAGCCGCUGCUGAUUCGAUCGUUCAAUCUACGACAAGCGUAUGCAGAUAUCAAAGAUGAUAUGGUAGCAGAGUUGUCGGCAUUCGAGGCCGGAGUUGUUAAGCCCGGAAGCGACGCCCGUGAUGCUAUACAACCGAUCCGUCGGACGAUCAAGAAGCGGGAAAACAAACGGCUAGAUUAUGAGAAGCAACAAGAAAGGGUCAAAAAGCUGCAGCGCAAGCCCGGAAAGUCGGCCAAAGAAGAUGCCCUAAUGCAUAAGGCUGAAGAGGACCUCGAUCGUCUUUCAGAGGAGUUUACCAUCGUUGACACCCAUCUCAGGGAGUCUCUUCCGCCCGUUAUAGAAGCCUCGUUUAGGAUUGUACCUCCUCUCCUGGCCACCAUAAUCUCCAUACAGAAUCGUCUGCUUGGUCUGGCCUACACCGCAGUACAUCACUACUGCUUAGAAAACAACUUCCAAUCCCCAUCACCGCCGAUGGAUAUUGUCAUAUCUGACUGGGAAACGGGAUUUCGGCCUAUCCAAAAGGAAAUUGAAUCCCUUGCAAUAAUCAGAAGUGGUCGCGUGAUUCUGCAGCCCAUGAAAGUCGGAGAGGAGCGAAGCAGGAGCGUCCCAGUAUCCGCAACGAAAGGAGACACAAAGAACGGCGUUACUCGUUCCACACCAGGACCUAUACCGGCCAGCGGGCCGCCACGACCGAGGCUAAUCCCCCACUCGCCUUCAGGGUAUCAUGGCCCUCCUCGUCAACGCAGCCCAGCCCCGACCAGCACAGUCGUUGGGUCCGGGGUGGCUACAGAUUUCACUGUCGCAACGGGACUGAGCGAUUCCUCUGCCGUUAGUUCGCCGGGGCCGAGAGUUGCCGCUGACUACUUUGGGCAUGCUACGGCACGUACGUCUUCCACGAUUGCGAAUGUCGCGGCUAGAAAAAAGCCGCCGCCUCCCCCUCCGCCCAAGAAGGUUACCUUAGUAGAAGAGUUCGUCGUUGCCUUAUACGACUUCUCCGGGCAAGGGUCCGGCGAUUUGUCAUUCCGCGAAGGUGACUUGAUCAAGGUCAUCAAGAAGACAAAGACAGACCAGGACUGGUGGGUUGGGGAACUAGGAGGAGUCCGGGGGAGCUUUCCAGCCAACUAUUGCAGGCUUACGUAG